AUGACAGAAGCGCGGCCCGAGAACCGCGCCACGCUGGACGCCAAGACCAAGCCCGCGUCGGCCGGCAGCUCCUCCAAGCUGCGCCCCACUGCCAAGGAGUUCGUCUUCAACACGGCGGCGCCCGUGUGGACGCCGUCGGCCGCGGCGUCGCCCUCUCCCUCGCCCGCGCCCGCUGCGGUGGCGUCGCCGGCCAAGGCCCCCGCGCCCAAGAAGAGCCAGCUCAAGCUGUCGGCCAAGCCCUUCGUGCCUUCCUUUAUGGCGCCUGCCUUCGUGCCGGCGUCGAUGAAGGCGCCCGCUGCUGCUGCUCCGGCCGUGGAGAAGACGGUGAAGGUGGAGACGACGGAAACUGACACAUCAGAGACCCCGACGCCCGCCACCUCUGCGGCUUCGUCGAGUGCGUCGGAGACUGAGGUCGAAGAGCACACGACGGUGAAGGUGGAGGAGACGCAGGCGGAGGCCACCGAGCGCGAGCAGAAGCAGAACCAGGACGUUGAUGUCAAGGUGGAAGCUGCUCCGGUCGUCACGGAGGAGCCCCCUGUCAAGGAGGAGGAAGUGGCUGAGAAGCCUGAGGUUGUGGCCGAGCAGGCUGCCAUUGGCGAGCGUAUUAUUUACACCAUUAAGCAGCUACUCGAGAUGGAGCCCGAGGUUGAGAAGUGUCCGAUCCCGGAGAGCGUCAAGGGCAUGGUUUGUGCCGCCGACAAGACCACCAAGGCUCUGUCCGCCCCGGCGCCUGAGUCUUCGGGCAAGAUGCGUCGCAAUGACUCCUCUCGUUCGCUGGGACGCCAUGGCAGCGGCAACUUCAAUGAGGGCCGUGGACGUCGUGAGCGUGGCGGCCGUGGAGGCCGUGGCGGCCGCGGUGGUCGUCACCAUCAGGAGACUGCCCCCCCUCUUGAGGAGUGUGCCCCCCUUGAGAUCAACGAGGAGACCCGGUGGAAGCCGUCGCACGCCAAGUCGCGUCUGGACGACCCUGUCGAGACGGCCGAGGCGUCCCUGAAGGAGGCCAAGUCCAUCCUGAACAAGCUGUCGAUCGAGAAGUUCGACAAGCUGUCGGACCAGUUGAUUGAGGUUGCUGUCCGUGGCCUGGAGGUGCUGAAGGGAGUUAUCGAGAUGGUUAUUGCCAAGGCUCAGAUGGAGUGGCACUUCUCGACGAUGUACGCCGAGCUGUGCGCCAAGAUUGCUCAGACUGCUAUGCCUGCGAUCACCCUGGAGGACAACGAGGUCGUUACUGACACGCACAAGCUCUUUCGCAAGCUGCUGCUGCAGCGGUGUCAGAAGGAGUUCGAGGCCAAGCCGGACGUGGAGGGACUUGAGAACCUCCCGGAGGACGAGCGCCUGGAGAAGGAGCUGAUCAUGAAGCGCGCGUCGCUGGGCCACAUUCGCUUCGUUGGUGAGCUGUUCAAACAGCGCAUGCUGAGCUCGCGCAUCAUGCACGAGUGUGUCAGCAUCCUGUUCGGUGACAUCACGGCGCCCGAUGAGGAGUCGCUUGAGUGCCUUUGCAACCUGCUGAGCACGAUUGGCCAGGCUCUGGAGGGCAACGCUCGCGAAAAGGCCGAGCUGAAUCACAUUAACGGCUACUACGCCACCAUCAAGAAGCUGAGCGGCGAGUCCAAGCUGCUGUGCACGCGUGUGCGCUUCAUGCUUCAGGACCUGCUUGAGCUGCGCGCGAACCGAUGGGUCGCUCGUCGCAAGGAGACCAAGGCCAUGACCAUCGCUGAGGUGCACGCCGAGGUUGCUCGUGAAGCGAAGGAGAAGGAGCGCUCCAGCGGCAAGCCCAGCGGCCACUCCCGUCUGCAGCGUAGCCAGUCGAUGAACUCCACGAGCUCCACUGGUUCGAACGACCGGAGACGCGGCAGCGGUGGUGGCGCAUCGACUGCUUGGAAGGCUCGCGCCGCGGCCUCUUCAUCGACGUCGUCAUCCAGCAACAACAGCGCCCCUACCGUGGAUGCGGAUGGCUGGGAGACUGUGACGGGCGGUGCACGCCCGAAGGGUCUGAAGCACCGCAGCAACUCGGACCGAUUCCCUAGCUCCUCGUCGGGUCUUCCUCGUCCCCCGAGCGGCACUCGCCUCAGCGCGAACGCCUUCGCGUCUCUGGGCGGCAAGGACUCUGGACGCAAGGAGCGCGGUCGCAGCAACAGCUCGACGUCCUCGUCGUCGCGCUCCUCUCGUGGGCGUGAGGAUGCUGGUCGCCCGCCCACGCCGUCGUCGGCCAAGUCAAGCAACGGCCGCUCUGCGAAGCCGGAGAAGGCUGCUGAGGCCGAGGCUGCCCCGGCCCUGACUGCUGAAGCCUUCGAGAAGAAGGUGAAGGCGAUUCUGGACGAGUACGUGGAGCUGGAGGACUUGGAGGAGGCUUACACCAGCUUCACGGAGCUGAACGCGCCGAACCACUACGCGCUGAUCCCCAACAAGGUUCUGAACAUUGGUUUGGAGAAGGGCGACAAGGAGCGUGAGGCCAUUGCGAGCUUCCUGGCUGGCCUGUACGACCGCAAGGUCGUGACUGCUGCUGCUCUGGAGAGCGCGCUGCAGGAUGUGCUGGAGUUCGCCGAGGACAUCGAGAUUGAUAUCCCCAAGACGCUCCCGUACUUGAGCGAGAUGGUGGCUCCCUCCGUUGUGGCGGGCAGCAUCACGCUCCCUCAGCUUGUGGCCAUGACGGAGCACCUGCAGUACAACGGUAAGGCUGCGAAGCUGAUCGGAUCGACCCUGGCGGCCGUCGUGUCGUGCGAGGACGAGGCCAAGGUGCAGGAGCUCCUGGCCGCGGAAAGCGUCGACUUCAUGGUGCUGCUGGCCGAGGCGGAGCGCAACGAGGAGGCCGUACAAGCGUUCUACAAGGACUAUUCGCUUGAGUUCCUCCUGUAAGACAUCACGAGGCCGCGCAAGCAAGCCCUGCUCCGCUCCAUAAAGUUGAUUUAUUGGGAUGGAUAUAGGUAGGUUUGACAUAUACGUAACGUAGCUGAGAGCAGGAAAUAAAGCAAUCGUUCACAUUUCACACACUC